UGUUGCUAAGCGCCACCGGAAGUCUCCUGGUGUUUACAUAUUUUUGUUCCGCAAGAAAAAAAAAAUCAAACCGUAAACCAACUGUCUGGAUCAAAGUAAGAACGGUAAUGCAUUAGCACCAGUAAGGCUUUAACAUUUGAGUAGAUCUAUUUAACAGUGUAUUACCAGCACCUGCACCACGCUUUCUGCUGACUUGCAUGUUGUAGCUCCAGAUACCACAAAAUGCCUCUGUUUGGCAACACAUUCAGCCCCAAGAAAACACCACCCCGGAAAUCAGCAUCUCUCUCUAACCUUCAUACAUUGGAUCGAUCCACUCGGGAGAUUGAGUUAGGACUGGAGUAUGGAGCUCCUAUGAUGAAUAUUGGAGGGCAGAGCUUGAAAUUUGAAGAUGGACAGUGGAUUACAGAGUCAGGACCUAAUGUGUCCAGUAAAGAGGUGCAGAAACUGAAGAAGAGGAAUCUGCAGUUAGAAGAAGAAAACAAUCUUCUAAAGCUUAAGAUUGAACUUUUGUUAGAUAUGCUUUCAGAAACCACAGCUGAGUCACAUCUAAUGCAGAAAGAAUUAGACGACGUGAAGAGUCACUACAAACACAAGAAUUGAUGUGAAACAUGGAUUUUAGAUUAUUGUGUUUUGUAUGCAACAUUUCUGUUUUUCUUCAUAGAAAUGAUUUAUUAUGCUAUUUAAAUAGGAGACUUGACUUCUUGUGAUGUUUCGCAUGAAAUUGUAAUUUUUCAAAUUAUAUUUCAUAAAACUGCUUACUAAUUGUAUAAGUAAUAAAGAAAUAUUUUCUUAGUCAAGUGUCCUCUUUACUUUAAAUGAUCUCUGUGAAUGUUUUUCAAUGGCAUGAUGUGUGUACAACUGGUGAUCCAAUUAAAAGAAGUAUUACAAACAGA